AAUCCCAGAAAUGUGAUACAUCAGGAAAUAUUAACAUAGGGAAAUCUGGCAGAGAAGGAAGGUGAUCUAUUGGUCCAGGUGGAGGCUCUUCAGAGAGGAAGGAAGGAUGAGGGGAGAGGCAGACUCUGCUGUCCCCAAAUCAGGAGAAAAUCUUGAUGCCUCUGAGACCAGAAGGGAGCUUUGGGAAGGAAGAGCUCAGAAGAGCCCAGGAGACAACCUCCCUCCAGAUGUGCAGCGCCAGCAAUUCAGGCACUUCCGCUACCAGGAGACUGAGGGGCCUCGAGAGGCUUGCAGCCGACUCCACCGUCUUUGCCACCAGUGGCUGAAGCCAGAAAGGCACAGCAAGAAGGAGAUGCUGGACCUGGUGAUCCUGGAGCAAUUCCUGGCCAUCCUGCCCCUGGAGAUGGGGAACUGGGUCAGGGAAUGUUGGCCAGAGACCAGUUCCCAGGCGGUGGCCCUGGCAGAAGGCUUCCUCCUGAGCCAGGCAAAGGACAAGAAUUGGGACCAGCAGGAGGAGGAGAAGAAUUGUUACCACAAAGCAGCUUUUCCAGGUGGCGCCCUACAUUCUUUGCCAUCUCUUUGGGGCAGAGAGAAAGCAGAUUCCAUGCAGUCUGAUUGGGGUCUGGUGACAUUUGAGGAGGUGUCUAUUCAUUUCUCUGAAGAGGAGUGGGCUCUGCUGGAUCAGGACCAAAAAAGACUUCACAAGGAAGUCAUGGAAAACAAUCAUCAGACUGUGGCCUCUCUGGAGGAUAAUAGUCUACAGAACAAGUUUAUGGGAGACCUCAGAUAUGAUGAAAAAGAACAGAAAAGAAGCACAGAAAUAAAAUUGAAGACGGGAAUUGAACGUUACGUUUCUCAAGGUGCUGGAUCCCAAACAUUUGAUACACAAGGAAAACUUAGCAUAAAUGAGGAACCAGAUAAGUGUUUCAAAUGCAGAACAAGCUUUCUUUUGAAGGGAGAUGUUCCUGGAUAUCAAUUCCACAAAGGGGAUACACAUAAAUGCCUAGCAUGUGGAAGGAGCUUUGCUAAGAUUUGGAUCCUUGCUGCUCAUCAACUAAUCCACACUGGUGACAAAACAUUCAGUUGCUUGGAGUGUCGAAAAAGCAUUGCUCACAGUUCAGCACUUACCCAUCAACAUAUCCACACACGGAAGAAAACACAUAAAUGCUUGGCAUAUGGAAAAAAGUUUGCUCAACGUUCACAGCUUAUGCAACACUACUCAGUUCAUAGAGAGGAGAAAUCUUCUAAAUGCUUGCAAAAUGGUAACAGGUUUGCUCACAGUUCCAAACUUAUUACUCAUCAACAAAUCCACAGUGAGGAGAAACCAUAUAAAUGCUUGGAGUGUGGAAAGAGCCUUUCUCAGAUUUCACAUCUUACUCGACAUCAACGAAUCCACACUGGAGAAAAACCAUAUAAAUGUUUGGAGUGUGGAAAGAGCCUUUCUCAGAGUUCACAUCUUACUCGACAUCAACGAAUCCACACUGGUGAAAAACCAUAUAAAUGCUUGGAGUGUGGAAAAAGUUUUGCUCAGAGUUACGAUCUUACUAGCCAUCAACGAAUCCACAGGGGAGAGAAGCCAUAUAAAUGCUUGGAGUGUGGAAAGAGCUUUGCUCAGAGUUCAUAUCUUACUGUCCAUCAACGAAUCCAUACUGGGGAGAAACCAUAUAAAUGCUUGGAAUGUGGAAAGAGUUUUGCUCAGACUUCACACCUUAGUGACCAUCAACGAAUUCACAGUGGGGAGAAACCAUAUAAAUGCUUAGAGUGUGGAAAGGGUUUUGUUCGGAAUUCAGAUCUUACUAAACAUCAACGAAUUCACAGUGGGGAGAAACCACAUAAAUGCUUUGAGUGUGGAAAGAGCUUUGCUCGGAAUUCAGAUCUUACAAGCCAUCAACGAAUCCACACUGGGGAGAAACCAUAUAAAUGCCUGGAAUGUGGAAAGAACUUUGCUCAAAAGGCUCAUCUUAAGCUGCACCAAAGAAUUCACAGAGGAGAGAUACCCGUAUAUACCGGCGUAUAAGACGACUGGGUGUAUAAGACGACCCCCCCACUUUCCCAGUUAAAAUAUAGAGUUUGGGUUAUACUCGCCAUAUAAGACUACGUACCCGGCGUAUAAGACGACCCCAGACUUUACAGAUUAUUUCCCAGGGUUCAAAAGUAGUCUUAUACGCCAGUAUAUACGGUAUCAUAAAUACUAAACCAUGUGUUGCAUCAAAGAAUUCUCAGAAGAGAGAAAACAUACAAAUAUUUCCAGGUUUGUAAGAUGGUAGACUAAAGCCCAACCUUUCCAAGUAUCAUCAGUGAGAGUUUUUGUGCUAAUCAGUCUUGUAUUCUACCUGUUUGAAGUUUGAACUAGUCUUGGUUAAUUCAUGUUCAAUUCUCAGCUAUAAUAUUUGGAAUAGAGUUUACGGGCAAUUUGAAUUAUUUGUUCUAUCCUUUGAAUACACAUUAAGGAGGGGGUAACGGACUAUUAAGUUUAAUAGAUUAAUGUGUUCAGGACUAAGUUCUCUGCCUUGCUUCCCCCACUGGCCAUAUUUAGCGAUGGUUUCUACCUAUUGAAUGAGCAGUUCUGUCUCCUGCCUAAACAGGAGCAGCUACAUUGAAUGAACUAAUGUCAACCAAACUGAUAGAAGGGUUAGGCUGAGAAUGAGUUAGUAGUCUAGGGUGAGUCAGCAAAUGUUAUUGGUAGAUUUGGGAUUUGAACCGGAAUCUCCUGAGCCAUUCAGGCCUUCUGAUGACUGCACUGACUGCUCACCCUGAUUUUUGGCACUCUAGCUCCCACUAUCAUGCUGAAGCUGGUGGCUAAUUUUGCAUAGAUCUGAAUGCUUGUAUAGAUCUGUGGUUCAGCCUUAUUUGAAAUACUGUGUGCAAUUCUGGUCACUGUACACGAAAAAGACAUGAUAGAAAAAGUACAAAAGAGGGCAAUCAAGGUACUUAGGGGUGUGUAUUGACCUAUGAAGAAGAACUAGUGGGCUCAAAAUGUGUCGGGUCUGUUGGUGUAUGUUUUGGAAUAUUUUGUGUAUGAUCCUAGCAAUCGAGGCCUUGUAGUUAUUUAUGAUACAUUUUAUGAUAUUUUAUGUGUGCUUUUAGAUAUUGAUGUAUAUUUUUAUUAAGAUUUUAAUUGAGUUUGUUUCUAAGAGGAAAUUCUUCAGUCAAUGGUAGAAGUAGAAACAAAGAAUUGGGAGGCAGUGAGCCCUGGAGACCAUUUAGUCCAAGCCACAGGUCCAUGCAGGAGCUGUCAACUACAGAGCAUUCUUCUUCUGUAUUGUGGGAGUGACAUCUGCUGAGAGAUUCAAGUGUGUGUGUGUAUGGUUUCUCUUUCUGCCUUAUGUAUUACUGUGGAAGCCAUCCGUGUAAAUAACCCGUGUAAAUAAACCUUUUUUUUUAACCUUG